UUUUAAUAAAAUAAUUUCGUAUUUUUUUGAACACGGUUCAUUGAUCGCGUGCCUAUGCAUGUCCAUUCAUCGUAAUCUUUACGAAUAGUUUGAGUUAGGACAUGAAUCUUCGUCGUCUUUUCCAAGAUUUUAAUCCAAGUAAAUUUCUACUGUUCUUUACACUCUUCAUCUUUUCGAUCUUGCUCGCGUUGCGUUUGGAUGGAACUAUCACGUGGAGUUACUGGGCGGUUUUCACUCCUGUUUGGAUUUGGAAAAUCAUGGUUUUAUCAGGUGCUUUCACUGGAAUUUACAUUUGGAUUCGACAUCCGGAGUACAGAGGUGAAGGAGAUAGUCAUGUGGAUUUCAAGGCAAUGAUUAUCUGUCUUGCUCUGCAUCUUCUCUUGCUGAUGUUUGAGAUAUUUGUAUGCAUUAAUCUUGGUGGUGGUCAAAUGUUUCCGUGGAGACUCAUGUUUAUGCCUUUGUACGUGCUAUCAUCAUUGUCAAUCAUCGCUUGUAUCUGGGGAUUCAGACAUGACAGAUCAGUAGAGCUUGAAACAGUGUUCUCAGUAAAUGUUCUGCAGUUUAUCUUCCUUUCCCUACGCCUGGACAGAGUUAUCCUAUGGUCAUGGGUGGUUGUGUUUGUUCCUAUGUGGAUAGUACUGUCCUUACUUUGUCUUCUAGUGUUGUAUUAUGUUAUAUGGUCUAUAAUAUUUGUCAGGACAGCAGAAGUUCUUCCAGCACAGCGUCGAGGCCAUGUCAUGGUGGCUGUAGCUUCUGUUCUCCUUGUCAUUCCACUUCUAACAUUUCAGAUCAUCCUCUGUAACAGACUUGAUGGCAUUACACAAGACAUGUUUGUUGGAGUUGUCGCUCCCCUUCAAAUCUCUCUUCUGAGUCUACUGGCCACUUCCUUUUAUCACAAAGGAGGCAACCACUGGUGGUUUGGAAUGCGAAAGGACUUUUGUGAGUUUCUCCUUGGGACUUGUCCCUUUCUACAGGAGUAUGGGAACAUUUCUUGCAAAUUUUCUGAAAGUGUUUUCUCAAGAGCACCUAGGGAAGAGACUUCUAUUGAACCACAGCGGAAACCAGUGGUUCAUGAGUACUCAGUUAAAUGUGUAGUACCAGUUGUAUCCAUUGAAAUGCCAGACUGAUGCUGUAGUGGUCAAGAAUGUUAACUUUGUGGCCACCAGUCAUUCACAGGCAAUGGAAGGAAAAGAGCCAAACAAAAGCAAGAAUAAGUCAGAUCAGAACUGUCACAGUGAAAUCAUACACAUCAGCUUCCAAAUAAAUCUGCAGUACCAGUUACAUUUUGGUGCCGGUAGGGCUGAGAACCCAAUCAAUGGUGUGUUUGAUGGAUUGGUAAUGAAUCUUACACGCUGUUCAACACUGUUGAUGCAAGAAGCUAAAUGAUACAUGCUUUUUGACUGCCUCUUACUUCAAUAUUUCGGAGUACAGAUGCAUAGAAGAUGACAUUAUUAACAAAAUUUUUCAUUGUUAUAAAUAAACAAAUAGAUUCUAUGUAUUUGUGGAUCUGUUCAGCAGAAGAACACAGUAAACAUCAAAUGAUGGAAGGAACAUCAGUGACAAGCUCCGCUUCUGCACCUCGUGUGCCACUUUUUUGUUCUCACCAUAUUUUGACCCCUUCCAUGAUCAUUGGGACCCUGCUUUUUGGCUUCACAAAUAUAAAACAUAGGCAAGAGUUGUUUUUUUGGCUGGGUGGUUUGAGAUGGGACAGUUUGUGUACUAAAUGGUUUCAUUUUUGUCACUGAAAAAGAGCAUGGCUUUCAAAAACUAAAAUAUUGCAGAAAGACAGAAAAACCCUAAUUUAUCUGAACUCACACAGAUAUUAUGUGAUCUAUUAUCUUUAUUUUCUAAAUACUUCCAAGUUAAAAUGAAAUCCAUGCCGCACUUACAGUUGUCUCCUUCACAGCUGUUGUUUGGUCUUGUCACACAAUGCCCUCUAUUUCUCAUUUGAGAGAGAGCUUUUCAUGUGACAAGACCAAAUAACGGUUGCAAAAGAGACUACGCUUACUGCUGUUCCUCCAACAGAGAGAAAAUCAAAAUUAUUUGUCUACAGUUAGUUAUGUCAAAAAUAUGAUUCCACGUAAUUUUACUUUGAAAUGCAUACCUUUCAUAUCCUGAUAAAUCUUGACCUUAAUUGACAAGGCUUUUGCAAAGGCCACAAACCAUCGCACUUACCAAAUGAGCCCAGUAUUUCUAGUUUAAUGUCGUUCUUUGUGCAUAGCCCUGUGAUCCAUGACAUCAUUUACAUGAAAACAACACUCAAACACUGUGAUUGAUGCAAGAUAUUCAAAUGCAACGAUGUAAUUGGUGCAAGAUACAUACCCUAAUGCAGCAAUCUAAUUGGUGCAAUACAUAUCCUAAUGCCGCAAUCUGAUUAGCAUAAGAUACAUACCCUAAUAUGGCAAUCUGAUUGGUGCGAGCAACAUACCACUCUAUACACUAACAUAGAGUUAUUUUUUUUUAAAAAAGAAACUCAAAAAUCUAAACUCUUGAAGCCAGCUCCAAGUGUUCAAUUAGUAAAAAAGAGGGGAAAUAAUUGAAACUUACAACGGUAGCAGCAGAACUAUCCAACCUAAAUCUCUCAUUUUUUUCCCCAGCAGCUACCAUGGCUGCAUUUACAAUACCAAUCACAAUUUGCUUUUACAGAGUGAACAACUGGAACAGGCCAAAACUUUUGCUCUGUAAAAAUAUGUCAAAUUCAAACUCAUAUGCAUCGAUUUAAAUUCAUCUAUGUUACCUCGUAGCAUAAAUAGUCAAUGAUAUCAGGCACAAUCAAGUAUUUAUAAUGUACAUUUUAUUUGGACUGUUUAGCUGAAAUUAUUAUAUUUUGUACUUAAGAAUGAGCAGCUCUAAUUGUAAUUAAAAAGCUUGAUAAUUAUUUUCCUGUAAUGCUGUCUUUAAUUGUGGUAAUUGAGUCUGUGACUCGCAGUUCACAAUUUUAUCUCUGAUUCUGCACUUGUCAGUGUUCACCCUUCAACUCUGAGAUCUGAUCCAUAAUUCUCCCUUCUAGCUUCUACACAUUUCCUUGUAAUUUAGUUAAGAGAAUUUGGUGUUAGAUCAAAAUAACAAC